UGCGGCCCCUUUAAGUGGGCUUGGGUGUAGGCUGCUAAACUCAAAGGGAAGCCGAAGAGUCAAACUGUACGUAAAUAGAAAGCGAAGAAAAUUAACUCUAAACGGUACAUUGAGGCGGUCACGGUACAAACAGGUCGGUGCGGCUGGAGGGCUGGAUGCGGUCGUCAUGGUGAAGGAUGUUUCGGAAAGUCAAAAGCGCCACAGCAGCAGCAGCUCACAAAGCAGUGAGAUCAGCACCAAAAGCAAGUCUGUUGACUCCAGUUUGGGAGGACUUUCCAGAUCGAGCACUGUCGCCAGCCUUGAUACAGAUUCCACCAAGAGCUCAGGGAACAGCACAUCUGAGACAUGUGCUGAGUUCCGGGUAAAAUAUGUGGGAUCCAUUGAGAAGUUGCAGUUUGACAUGAGCAAGACCCUCCAGGAACCUCUGGACCUCAUCAAUUACAUUGAUGCUGCUCAGCAAGAUGGAAAGCUGCCCUUUGUUCCUGGGGAGGAGGAGAUGGUUCUGGGAGUGUCCAAGUAUGGAGUCAAAGUGGCCUCACUGGACCAGUGUGAUGUGCUGCAUCGCCACCCUCUCUACCUGAUAGUCCGUAUGCUGUGCUACGACGAUGGUCUGGGUGCAGGGAAGAACCUCCUGGCUCUGAAAACCACCGACACAAAACAAGAGGAGUGCAGCAUCUGGGUUUACCAGUGCAGCAGCUCAGAGCAGGCUCAGUCCAUCUGUAAGGUGCUGUCGGCUUCUUUUGACUGCGCUCUGACAUCAGACAAGUCGUGAGGCCAGAGGAACAGAUGGCAUCUGUCUAGAAGAGUGAAGAAGUGAAACAACUGCAAAACCAGCAACAGUUCAUUAGAAAGCCACCAUUGUGAUUGGGACUGUUUCCCCCUUCUCUAACUCUGCUUUCUUAACUUCAGGAGAGGUCAUCAAAAGGGCAAAACAUGAUUGAUGGCAAAGUCCAGUAUGUGUUCGGUGCUGUUUCCUUCCCAUCAUCGUCCAGCUGAGACAGAACUACUGUGAAUUUGUCUGAAUCAUUUCCUGGGAAUGUUUCCUUUACCUCACUUGCACAUUUGCUCUUUCCAGUUAAAAAGUAAAGCUUAGAAAAGAGGGAAAAGUUUGCAUUUAAGAAAAGCUUUGAAGCACACUGUGCAGCUUUUAGCAGUGUGGUUUUAGUUGUAUUUAAUGUAAAACAUGGUACAAAAUGGUACAAAAUGUUGUAAACCAUCUCUGCCCAUAUGGUGAUUUACAGGAGACAAUCAGUUGAGAAGUUACACAUAUCUGACUGAUGCUUCUCUUCCACUCGGAUACCGUUUUCAUAUUUUUAAGUGUGUGUGUGUUUUGUUUUCUAUCAGUAUUGGUACCAUAUGAGUCACUUUUUGACUGGAAGGAACGGUACAAACAGGCUUCAACUGGGCCCCACAUCCUAUAUAUUUGUCACUUUUUUUCUUUAUUCGUGGGAUGUAUCUACUUUUAAUGACUUCUUUGAGUUUGUUUUUCACUUCUUUUUACGACAAAUGUCCAGUGACUUUCUUGAUACCAAAAUUUAGAUGUAAUUUUUGUAAUGUAGUGAUUAAAUCUGCAUUAGGUUAGAUUCGAUUAGCUGAUACUAUGCCCGUUCUAAUAAGCUCGUAGUCACAUGCAGAAGAUUUUUUGGAGUUGUGGUACUAACUUGUACAAUAAUAACACACGGCAUCUCCCCGUUUCUUUUCGCUUUGGUUCAGUUCAAAACACUUUGCAAUAAGGAAAUGUAAGAUGUUUGAUCUGGUACAAUACAGGAGUGAUUUUAAGGAAUGAUCCCUUUGAUUAGUGUCGUUAUUGUUUAAUGUUGAGUGUGUUUUUUGCAUUAUGCUGAAGAAAUAGGAUUUUAAAAUA